CGCCUUUCUAAGUGACAGAAAGUCUCUUAUUUUAGCGAUAGUCAUCGCACAAUAAUUGUUUGAAAUAAUCUAUCUCAAGACCUUGUUACAUGUAAAACCGUUAUGUCUUUGAAACUGGGCGCAAUAUCGUAGUGUUGACAUCUCUCAAGUGUUUUCUUUCAAGAAAUAACACUUAAUUCAUAACAAAUCCUGUCUGUUCUAAGUGGACAUUGUUCUUAUUUAUUCUUCCUUAUUGUACUGACACCAUCUGGCGUAUCUUCGUACAGGCAGACAUGUCUGCAGAAUAAGUGUUACAUAGAUGUACAUUUUGAAACUUCAAUUCUUCUCCUAAUGUAUUAAUUGAGGACCCAUGUAUAAUUUCAUUACCUUAAUACCAAAGCGGUUAGUUAAAGGACUGAAGUAAUAAUCAACAUCUCAAGAUUUUCAAUAAAUUGGCAUUUUUCAUGGUGCAAAGAUGGACACAAUUCAGAACAAAUGCGUUAUCCUGAAGAAUCUUCCAGCAAACAUAGGUGAAGAUGGUGUCAGGAAGUGCCUUGAAAGCAAUGACUUUGGUGACUUCUGUGACCUUGAGCGAUAUGCCGUGAAUGACACUGAUGUUCGAUGGAUUGUUUUCUUCAAAACUUCUGGAGAAGCCAAGCAGUGUUUGGACAGAAAACAGUUGAAAUAUUUGCAAGCGAAUGAGACGUUUAGCAUAAUACCAGACCUCUGUUCAGAGUGCCUCAUUCCAGAGAGAUGGUUUGAACAGGACAUAUCUGGCGGAGGUGAAACUUCGCUCGGAGCCGAUGGCUGCGAAGAUGUUUCAACGGCAAGCUUCAAAUCUGAAGAUUUGUUUGGUACAGUUCACAGGCAUUUGUCUCUAACUAGCUACGAACAGUACGAACAGUCUUUCGAAAACGAUUUGACAUCUGAUGACAAGAUACUUUUUGAUGGAGAUGAUGAUCAUAAACCCAACAUGGGCACACAUGGGAAUUCAGAUAAAAAAUACGAAACGGAUCAGCAGGGAAGGGUGGAUUCUGCAUCAUUUGCAGAAUACUCCGUUUCUAAGACUACACAAGAGGAACAUAAUGCUGAACCAAAGCGAUUUACCACGCAAACAGCCCAAACAUCAGAGCUAGAUGAUAAGGUUUCUGGUAUUGCAGGUAUAUUCACAAUUUUCUCAGAAUUCACAGACGCAACUGAAUAUAUCAAUACGACGCAGGUCGAAGUUCCAAAGGUUACAGAUGAUUCAGCAAUGGGUUUUCCUCCAGUUUCAAUGGCUAACUCCCCGCUUUCACCACCUGAGCAAGGAUCAGGUAUCAAUGCUAAGGACUCUGAUUAUGUCAGGGAUAGCGAAGAAAAGACACUGGAUACCGAUUCAAUGUACUUGACCGUAACAAAUGAUGCCGAGACGGUAGUCAAGAGUUCAACUUGUUCUGCUUCAAUACCACAAUCCGAAAUGCCCACCCAAAGCGUUCCGAAGAGCAAGGACAUGCAGUCUUCUACAUCGGAGCUUUGGUCGACUCCCUUUGGAUACCCAAUGCUGCAAAUGGGAUACCCUUUUGCUUAUCCCAAUGUUCCAGUUGCGGGAAUCGGUUUGCUACCAGUUUCAACGGCUGCUUCUCCACAAUCGCCUUCAGCCUGUCCAAUAUUUGUGCAGCCUUAUUAUCCUGGUCAUCCAGGGCUUCACCAAGGUUAUCCAGGUUUCUAUAUGCCGUAUCCAUCAUAUCCGAAUUUUCCUCCGCAUUUUCCUCCUGGACAAACUCCAUUGCGUGCGCCUGUUGCUUCACCAGAGUUUUACAACGUGAACAACGAUUCACAGAAUUCACAAUCCCAAAGGUGUGACGGUUCUACGCAUGUCAAACCAUCAAUGAAUGAUAAUACCAAGAAAAGUCCUGAGUUGCCACCUAACCACAAUAGAAGUACAACAGUUGAAGAACCUAAUGUUUACCUUGAAAUGGAUGUACAGUGCGACAUUGAGUUGCAAGAAGAUGAUCCAGACGAGCAUAUAUAUGAUAGCGUGGACUCCAUGACCAUGCUUGACAGCGAAAUGUUUUCUAGCAACAAACCAAAAGUACCACCAAGAGAAACUCAACUACGGAUUUUUGUUGAUGACGAGAAUGUAGAAGCGGCAAGCUGCCCGAAGGUGACUGUCACAGGAUUUCAAGCGGACACGGUGAACGAAGAAAUGGAAUUGUUAUUUGAAAGUAAAUCGAAGUCCGGUGGUGGAGAUAUUGUUGCAUUCGAGCUGAGCAAAAACAAAAAAUCAGUUAUUAUUGAAUAUAGAAACUGCAAAGAUGCGGAAGACGUUCUGAGAAAGGCAAAUAAAGACGGCGGGAUUUAUUACAAGGGUACGUUGUUAAAGGUCACGAACUAUAUUGUCCCGAAAAUGGAUCCUGUCAGAAUUUUCGUGAGCGGCAUGUCUGAUAAGACAACUGAUGAAAUAGCUACUCUCUUUAUGGAAGCUAAGUGGCGUAUUAGUCCUAAGAAGAUCCUUCGUGGAAAAAUACCCGGAACAGCUGUUAUAGAAUUCAACAAACAGCCAGAUUUUAGUGAUUUGAAGACGAUGUGCGAGCGACAUGCGUGUGCCGAAGCAUUUUGGACAGUUUCCCUGGUCGAGCUUUCGUCCAAAGUAUUGGUCAAAGAGUGUAACUCAAAGACGACAUCGGAAUCACUAGAACUUUAUUUUGAGAACAGAAAUAGGAGCGGUGGUGGAGACGUUUUAUAUGUUGAACCACAUCAUGACCUCUCCCAUGCGUUUGUAGCUUGCUUCAAACAUGUUUCAGAUGCUGAGCGCGUGGUCAAUGAUGGCAGGACCCAUGUACUGGACAACAAUACUCUUACCGUGUCUUUGUACUACCCUUGUUUGGACAGCGACCCUUCAGAGGAAACUGCAAUUCCCGAACCUGUUCUUAUCGAAGAUCUCGACCAAUAUCGAGCCAAGUUCUUGUUCGAGUCAGACCAACAGAAAGCAAAAGUUGAGGCUUCAUUGAAAGAUGCGUUUGGACGACCAGUUUGGAUUGUAGAUACGAACAAUAGUAAACUAUUGCAAAUCGAGUGCACUGUCGAUCCGAAAGAUUCUUCAUCACGUCCCUUUAUUAACCAUUGGGAAGAAAGGUGUCGUGAACGCAUCUCGUGGAUAUUCAACGAACUUAAAGUAGACGAAACAAAUGUGAUGGCUAUUGAGUUGUUUGAUGAGAUGAAGAUCAAGCUACAGAGCAUAAAGGUUCGACGACCAGAGGCUUUGGCUAUUGUCCUUGACAGAAAAUCGUCGAGAAUCGUCAUUGUAGGAGAAGUCAAAGAAGUGGAUCCGCUCUCAAGGGACAUUGCAAAACUUAUAACCGAACUGGAGAAUGAGUUGGAAAAAAAUAACAAAACAGCAACAAGAACAUUAACGUUGAAGAACUUCGAAUACAUAUUGUUAAAGGCAUCAAAUAUAAGCGGACGCCUUCAGACGGCAAAUGUUGAUAUAACGAUGGAUGGAGUGACCAAACAAUUUACGUUUUCGGGGCGGUUCCAAGAUGUUGCAAAUGCAGUGAGUAUUGUGCAAGAUACAUUGACCAACUUUGUGCGAACUGACGUUUCAGGUUACACACAGUUGUCAGUCGAUUUGCUGUUCAAAAAUCAGACGAGGCAUCUAAUAAAGAAAGCCCUUUUCACUAAAAAGUUGAUUGGCGUUUGGGAUUUCGAGAAACGUACCAAGCUUUACAUGUAUAGUAGCAAUGAAAAUGAUCUGCAAAAAUGCGUGCACAUUCUACGCGAAACCUUGCUUGAGUCGAAUAAGCGGUUGUCUAACGAUGAAGCUUCUGUAUUAAACAGCUCUAAGGGUACCGAGUUUCUUCAUCGCUUAGAGACAAAACACGAAGGACUAGUAAAGAUUGCGAUAAAUGGACCAAAUCUUCGAAUCGCGUCGGUAGCUGGAGUAAAUGAAGACAUAAUCAAAGAGCUUGAAUCAUUUGUAACUGCUAAUUCGGAAGCGUGUGUAAUAAUUGAAAUCGAACCAGGUAAAUUUCAAUUUAUGUACACGCAUAAGAAAGAUGAACUUCGACGUUUCGAAGAGCAGUAUCAACGACUGAACGUCGUUUGUACGUGUAUCGACGAACCAAUUAAGAAAGGAUUUAUGUUUCAAGGUCCCCAAUUAGCUGUGAAGUCUGUGAUAACGAAAAUACAAACUCUUAUUGAUAAUAUUGUACUUAAAAAUAUUCCGGUUAGUUCUCCGGGGUUCGAUGACUUCAUCGGGCGAAAGUCUGGAAAACGAGCCCUGAAGGAAAUUGAAGAUAAAAGACAGUGUGUAUUAAGGUAUGGACUUAAUAAUGCGGAAAACGAAAAACAACAUAUUGGUGAUGAUUUAGCAAAUGGCCAUAGAUAUUCCAUUGGAUCUUGCAAAUUGACGGUUAUCGUGCAAGAUAUUACGGGGAUAAAGGCAGAUGCGAUUAUAAACCCAUGUACCGGUGAUCUGUCAAACACGUUAGGCCUCGGAGCAUUGUUAGUUAAAAAAGGUGGGCUAAGAAUUCAACAGGAACUCGACGCACAGACAAGAGAAAAUCAAGGUAAUGAUUGGAGGUGUUUAUGUGACACAGGCUGGAAAUCUUCCAUGCAAAGCUAUUAUACACGUUGUUGUACCUACCUGGUCAGAUAAAUCUUCAAACGAAAAGCGGUUACUCGGCAGUACCAUAUUCAAUGCCAUUGAACAUGCUGAUAAAAUGGGAUUCAGGCAAAUAGUUACUCCGCCUAUAGGGACAGGUAUUCCAGGCUUUCCUCCGGAAAUGGUCGCCGAAACGAUGCUCGACACAUUAGCUAACUAUUUCCAAAGUGGACAGAAACAUGUCACUGAGAAUAUCAUCAUCUGCGAUAUUAAAGAAGAAAGCAUUGAUGCCUUCUUAAGCACUUUAGAAUCAGGCGAUGAAGUUCGUUUGCGGGAACGCCGACAAGAAGAACAACCGAGGUCAGGUUCAUUCGAAUCAAAGGUGUAUCUUGUAAAAGGAACACUGGCGAGUACAAAGGCCGAUGUACUCGUUAACUCUACUAAUCAGGAUCUUGAUCUGCGACUUGGAACUAUAUCAAAACAACUUGUAGCCGCGGCAGGUGAAGAGUUGAUCGAAGAAUGCAGACAACGUUACCCAAAUGGUAUUUCGUUAGGAAAAGUUGCAGUCACUUCAGCAGGACAACUGAAAACGAGUCAAAGAAUUUUCCACGGCAUUUUGCCGUCGUGGGACUUGGGAAAAGGUCAUUCUGACAUUGUGCUGUUUCAAUUUGUAUCGAAGUGUCUCCAGAAGGCAGCCGACAAUAAGUUUCGUUCUAUUUCAUUCCCGGCGCUUGGAACUGGUGCGCUCGGUUACCCAAGCAACCAAGUUGCAGACAUAAUGUUUGAUGCCGUGGAACGAUUUUUCAAGGACACUCCGAAAAACAGCCUUGAGUCAAUUUAUUUCGUUCUAUGGUCAGGAGACGCUGUUGCCAUUAGUGCAUUCGAAGAAGUUGAAAAAAGCAAGAAGACGAAUAUGAAAGAAGAAGGAUUAAACCUAGCCAGUAUAUACCUAAUGUUGUUGAGGAGUAUGCCGUUGCUGAAGAAAAGGGUGAAUUCACAACAACUAUUGGACAUGUUAGUUUAAAAAUUGUCCAGGAAGACAUAGUUAAGCAAACUACAGGCGGAAUCGUUAACAGCACUUUGGAUGAACUUGACCUUUCUAAAGGACUCGUAUCAAAAGCAAUCCUUGAUGCAGCCGGACCAGGCAUACAGCAUGAAUGCUGGCAAGAUUCAAAUAAAAAGCGUAUACAAACUGAAGGCAUUGUGGUGACGGGCCCGGGGAAACUGAUGUGUCAGAAAAUAAUUCAUCUUAAGGCUAGAAGUUCUGCUAGCGGAUGGAGUGAAGCACUUUUAAAAGGUCUUCGCGAAGUCGACAAUCUUGGACUGAACUCCGUCGCUCUUCCUGCACUCGGAACUGGAGGUAAAGGCUUAAGCCCAGAUACCAUGGCAAAAACGAUGUAUCAGGCUGUAAAGCAGUACGUGGAGGACAACAAAGGGAAAGGGUCGCUAACAUCCGUAAGAAUUGUGCUAUUCAACUCCGAUCUGGUGGAUAAGUUUACAUCAACCAUCAAGAACUUGUCGGGUCGAACGCGCCAAUCAAGAACGUCCUUCUUUAAGAAGCAAGAUACGAGGCAAACAGUCACAAUCUACAUAUAUGCCUAUUCCGAACAUACUGCACAACAAGCUGCGGCAGACGUUUUGGAUCUGUAUGAUUCUCAAAAAGUUGGAAUCCCAAAGACACAUAUGAAAAUUAUUUCUGAGAAACAUUUGACAGAUUUGAAACAGAGAGCCGAUAAGCUGGGCGUCACGCUCGUUGAUAAGCCUGAUGGUAUUGUGAUUCAAGGACUAAAAUGUAACAUUCAAGAGAUGAAGGAUAUUGUUGAUAGAUGUCGUGAAAGUAUUAAUCGCACGAUACAAACACAAGCAGACAGGAAAUCAAUUCCUCUUCCUCCAAGUUGGAAAAUGACGAUGGGUGACACAACGAAAGUUGUUCAGCUAAACCCUUCAGACCAAGAGUAUACGAUAUUGGCGAAGAGAUUUUGUUCCGAAACUCUCGUUCCGAUACAAAACAUAGUUUCGAUUGAACGAAUUCAAAACCCAACAUUAUAUAUGCAAUACUAUGGAAAAAAGAAGGAAAUGGAGACUGCCAACAUAGGAUCGCACAAUCCUAUCGAGAGACGAUUGUGGCUUGGCACACGAUCAGCCGAUGUUACUCAGAAUAUUUACCAGAAAGGUUUCGAUCGCAAGUUAAAGAGUGGAACAACACUAGGUUCCGGAGUUAUGUUUGCAGUCGAUGCAAGAACAGCAUUAGGCUAUUGUCAAGCAGAUGCUACUGGCUCCAGGCGCAUGUACUACGUGGACGUACUGACAGGGGAUAGCUGUGCUGGAAGUGGCUUUAUUACAAAGCCACCGUCUCGAAAUGAUCCUAAGAAUCCUAUGCGGCGCUUUGAUUCGACAACUGAUAACAUGUCUGCACCGGGCCUCUUUAUUAUUUACCACGAUGCCCAAGCUUACCCUUCGUUUUUGAUAACGUUUCGUUAACGUUUUGAGUUCACUUGGAAUCCGGUAUCAACUUUCUCACGUAUUAAGACAAAUGUUUAUGUAUUGUUUUUGUGAUCUUCUAUAUAUUGAUUUACGAAUAUGGCGCCAUACGAGACUGUUCAUACUUUUCAUAGUGCGUUUAUGUAGAUUAUGUAAAUUGUUGCGUGUGACAAUGGAUCACAAUGGUCCUGUCCUUAAUAAUAUGCUUUUUAAUGUUUUUGUUUAAGUAUAUAUGGUUGGCAGCCAUAAUCCUGAUAAAUGUCUGUGAUUACAUAUGUUAAAUAUACAAGUCAGUUUGUUAUGCACGAUUACCAACACAACUCUAUUGUUCGUUGAUUACAGACUUGCACACGUUCACAAUAAGUUGUUUACUGUAAAAUAUAUUACUUUAUUAUCUUUACCAAAAAUUGCAUUGUAUUUCGAUUUGUUAUGCUUUUUGACUGUUUGUGUGAGCUUGUGUAAAUAUGUUUAACAGUACACAUGUUGUUGUGUUUUCUUUUUUCGGUUAUAUACUCUCUAUGUGCUGUGCUUGUCAGUGCUAGUAUUUUGCAGAUUUUAAAUUGUUUCGAUCAUUUACAUAGAUGUGUUUAUAUUUGUUGAGUUAUCAUGUUCAUGCUAUUUGAAAUAUUGUAAAUACUGCACCAAGAAGUAAAUGAUUGAUGCAUUAAAACUGCAAUUUGAAUGUACUAAUGUAAAUAAACAUUCAUUUUAGUUAAAUUUAUUGUAAAAAUGGAACACGUUUUCUGGGGUGUACGUUAAUGUUGUUUCUAAGAACAUUAUGUAAUGUCCUCUUUAUUAUUUAUUAUGCCCCCUUCGAAGAAGAGGGGGUAUAUUGCUUUGCACAUGUCGGUCGGUCUGUCGGUCCGUCCACCAGGUGGUUUCCGGAUGAUAACUCAAGAACGCUUGGACCUAGGAUCAUGAAACUUGAUAGGUACAUUGAUCAUGACUCGCAGAUGACCCCUCUUGAUUUUGAGGUCAAAGGUAAAGGUCACGGUGACCCGAAAUAGUAAAAUGGUUUCCGGAUGAUAACUAAAGAACGCUUAGGCCUAGGAUCAUGAAACUUGAUAGGUAGAUUAAUCAUGACUCGCAGAUGACCCCUAUUGAUUUUCAGGUCACUAGGUCAAAGGUCAAGGUCAAGGUGACCCGAAAUAGUAAAAUGGUUUCCGGAUGAUAACUCAAGAACGCUUAGGCCUAGAAUCAUGAAACUUGAUAGGUAGAUUGAUCAUGACUCGCAGAUGACCCCUAUUGAUUUUUAGGUCACUAGGUACAAAGGUCAAGGUCACAGUGCCCUGAAAUAGUAAAAUGGUUUCCGGAUGAUAACUCAAGAACGCUUAUGCCUAGGACCACGAAACUUCAUAGGUACAUUGCUAAUGACUUGCAGAUGACCCCUAUCGAUUUUCAGGUCACUAGGUCAAAGGUCAAGGUCACGGUGACCCGAAAUAGUCAAAUGGUUUCCAGAUGAUAACUCAAGAACGUUUAUGCCUAGGAUCAUGAAACUUGACAGGUAGAUUGAUCAUCACUCGCAGUUGACCCCUAUUGAUUUUCAGGUCACUAUAUCAAAGGUCAAGGUCACGGUGACCUGAAAUAGUAAAAUGGUUUCCGGAUGAUAACUCAAGAACGCUUAGCCCUAGGAUCAUGAAACUUGAUAGGUAGAUUGAUCAUGACUCGCAGAUGACCCCUAUUGAUUUUCAGGUCACAAGGUCAAAGGUCAAGGUCACAGUGACCCAAAAUAGUAAAAUGGUUUCCGGAUGAUAACUCAAGAACGCUUAUGCCUAGGAUCACGAAACUUCAUAGGUACAUUGCUAAUGACUUGCAGAUGACCCCUAUCGAUUUUCAGGUCACUAGGUCAAAGGUCAAGGUCACGGUGACCCGAAAUAGUAAAAUGUUUUCCGCAUGAUAACUCAAGAACGCUUAUGCCUAGGAUCAUGAAACUUGAUAGGUAGAUUGAUCAUGACUCGCAGUUGACCCCUAUUGAUUUUCAGGUCACUACUGUGAAACCAUUAUUAAUCGUCAGGCAUUAAUUUUCAUAAAUUUCGUCAGUCGACCGAUCGGCGAAUUUAAGACCCUAACGAACACUCAUGCUCUAUGUUUGAACAAAAACAAACACUAAGUUGAACAAUAUUUUAAAACUUUACCGCAGACAUGAGGCAUUAAAUUCCAACAUAAUCCAUGCACACAUUCACUGCUGUUUCGUAAUCAAGAUUAAUCCGGUUUUGACAGAAAGGGAUGUAGAUUACACAAGGUACUUAACUGGCACGUUACACUUCUUUAAAACUGCGCGUGCAGUACAGCUGUAUCGAAUACGUUGACUUCGUUUAUGAAGAAUGGUAAUGAAUUAGCGCUAAUUGUUUAUAACUUUAUUACCCAAUAGUUGCAUUGUGUUUUUCAGGGGUGUUGCAUAUUAGCCAUCACGCAGCGAAUGCCGAUGAAAGACAAUAAACCAAAUGAAAAGAUUACGAUGUGUGAUUAACAUGCGUGUUUAUCACAAAUUAAUAAAGAAUAUUUUAAUUGUUGUUCGUUGUUUGAUUGUUUGCGUUUAACCACACUUAUAACUAUUUUAUAUGUAUCAAUUUAUUUAUUUUUAAAUUAUUGACAUUUUUUAUUUAUAUACCGGUAGUUUACUUUUUAAGAACAAACACACACAUAGAGUUUAUAAUUUUAAUGUUGAUAUCAGAAUAAAAAAGCACUUUUUUCAAUUAUAAUAAUAGAAUAAGACUAAUUGGCAAUUGGCUUCGUUGUUACAAACACUCGUUAACGGUUAUUCGAUCACACUUGUACGCUAAUCAUAACAAUGAACGUGUGAAUGGCAUACAUUAAGAGGGUCCAUUACUGUCCCUUGAUAACAAAAGACUAGUUAAUUGGCAUGUGACAAACAGGCCCCACCUCCUGCAGUGAUUCUUAAGUGUGUUCCCGCAUAUGUAUUACACACAAAUCGGAUAUUGACUGACGCAUUUUUUUUAAAAUUCAAAAUCAGAAAUCGGCGAAUUUAAGUGCUGACGAAAUCGUCAUUUUUAUAAAAAUGACGAAAUGUUGUGCUGUCGAAAAUAAAUGGUUUCACAGUAUAUCAAAGGUCAAGGUCACGGUGACCUGAAAUUGUAAAAUGGUUUCCGGAUGAUAACUCAAGAACGCUAAUGGCUACGAUCAUGAAACUUCAUAGGUACAUUGAUCAUGACUUGCAGAUGACCCCUAUUGAUUUUGAGGUCAAUAGGUCAAAGGUCAAGGUCAUGGUGACCUGAAAUAGUAAAAUGGUUUCCGGAUGAUAACUCAAGAACGCUUAUGCCUAUGGUCAUGAAACUUCAUAGGUACAUUGAUCAUGACUCGCAGAUGCCCCCUAUUGAUUUUGAGGUCACUAGGUCAAAGGUCAAGUUCACGGUGACCCGAAAUAGUAAAAUGGUUUCCGGAUGAUUACUGAAAAACGCUUAUUCCUAGGAUCAUGAAACUUGAUAGGUAGAUUGAUCAUGACUCGCAGUUGACCCCUAUUGAUUUUCAGGUCACUUGGUCAAAGGUCAAGGUCAUGGUGACCCGAAAUAGUAAAAUGGUUUCCGGAUGAUAACUCAAGAAUGCUUAUGGCUAGGAUCAUGAAACUUCAUAGGUACAUUGAUCAUGACUGGCAGAUGACCCAUAUUGAUUUUCAGGUCACUAGGUCAAAGGUAAAGGUCACAGCGACAAAAACAUAUUCACACAAUGGCUAUCACUUCAACGGAGAGCCCAUAUGGGGGGCAUGCAUGUUUUACAAACAGCCCUUGUUUAGUUUUAGCUAAUCAAAGAACAAUAUGCUUAUGACAAACAUGUGUGAUUACCUAUUGUUCGUUGUGCUGUGUGAGUCGUCCUUCGUCAACAUAAAUAUUGUGAACAUUCUAGGGGUAUUCCCGAGUUGUGUUUCCGUAAAAUAAGCCAUCGGCAUCGCAGAAUCAUAAACAAUUAAAAGCUCGUGGAGCGAAGUUAUUUGAGCUUUGUCAAGCAAUUGAAAUAAAUCUUGAAAAUAUAAUCACCAUACAGUGCCUAAGACAUAAUACCGAGUUCAAAAAUGGUCUCGAUCAAUUAAUAUGGCUAUAGCAAAAACGUUUUUACUAAACAUUUUAAUCCGUCAGCAUAAACCUUGGCCAUAAACGUUUGUUAUUAGGUUUAAUGGAAUGAUUAGAUCAUUGAAAACAAACAUGAAUGCAAGGGCCCCAUCAGGUUGUCUGAAGUAAAGCCUUUAGAACACUACCUGCUUAGAACAGUUUUGGUCCUUCCUUACUCAGGUGAGCGCAUAAGAACAUUUUGCCUUCUCGUAUUGUAUGGCCUUUCCAAUACAUAAUCAGGAAAUUUAAAAUAUUCAAAAUACUUAUACAUGUUUAUGAAAUAAUUAGACUCUUUCAUCAGAAGUUUAACACCUCGCUCUUUGUUUCAUAUAAUUUAUGUCCAUGUUUGUGAAAAAGACCAAUAUUUAUAAUUCCUUCCGAUCACAAGUACCUCAUAAUGUUUAACCUUUAUAUUCGUUUGCUGUCGACAUCAGUUUAACAUGAAUAUGUUGACCUACUGAUGUGUGUGAUAGCUACUUUGCAAAUAGUGCCUUUGCUAAAGUUCUCUUAGCCUGACUGUCAUUGUGUGUAAUUUGUAGCUGCUUUCUUAUCGGAUUUAAUUGUUGUUCAAUACUAUGAAAUUCAUUCGUAUGUUCAGAGCGACAAUUUACUUUCUUAAAAAAAUAUUUAUUAGAUCAUUUUAUGUUAAUGGUCUUUUUGUUGAUGUAUUAAUGUUUUUUAUUGAAGUUACAAUUUUACAAUUUCAGUAUUUUUAUAUCAAUAUAUUUCAAUUGUUUCAAUAGCAUUGUAAUUGUAAUUCAUUUAAACGUUUGUGUUCUUUUUCAGGUACUGUUUUAAAUUUUCCUUACUAUUCUUUUAAAGUGUAUACUAAUCGCCAAAUGGUAUUUGAAGUCUUGAGCAAUGGUAGCCUUUGUAAAGUUAUUCAUUUUUUGGAUUUGUUUUCAUUUUCGGCGUUCAAACAUUGUUGAGAAAAAAACACUUAUUCUUCCGAUGCAGUUAUCAGUUGAUUGGUAUUGUCAUUAAAUGAUUACCGAUCAUAAACCAGCAAAUGUGAAUUCCUUUCUUUACAUUUGGAAAAUGGCUCUUGUAACGUUAUUUAAUCAGAAUACAGUAAAGACAGGGCGUUAACUGUACUUUACUCUUCUUGUUACGACUUCGAUUUCUUGUAUGUUUACCUCUUAUUAAUUUCCAGCAUUAUACCACGUAUGCUAUAUAUGAUUUGAAUAAAGAUUCUUCUUUUAAA